GAGGUUAAUCACUUAUCCAUAUAAAAAGAUAAAAUGCUUGAUAAGCUUCUUGGACGGAUCGCUGAGUUCGGGAUGCAGGGAUACGGCCACAAGGGUUACGGGAGCGGCCGUGGCUACGGGUUUGAGGAGCGCAAGGAUUUUGUGUCCCAUGUUGAGUCAGAAGGAGGCUACUUUGACCGUCAAGCCCGCUACGACCACCGCAUAAGGCUUCCGGCCAACCAUGGCCGUCCACCCAUGUCUCACAUGCCUGUCUGCGAUGAAGAAGACUCAGACGUGGAGGAGUCUUUUGAGAGAAAUCAGAGCCACUACACUAGCAAAGACUCAGACGUGGAGGAGUCUUUUGAGAGCAAUCAGAGCCACUACACUAGCAACAACCACCAGUACAAUCAACAGCCACCUCAGUGUAACUUGAUCAUGCCCCCAUCUCCUUACAACGGAAAUAUAGCAAAGAUGGGAAAGAUGGGUAACAGAUGGCAGGGACAGCAUGAAGAAACACACCAGAGCGGGUACGAGAAACACCAUGGUGGGCACGAGGUUCAAUACCAUGGUGAGCACGAAAUGCAGUACCACGAGAUGCAGGGUAUGAAGCACCAAAGCGGGCGCAAAGUUCAGCACCAUAGCAACCACGAGAUGCAACACAACAAGAUGCAAGGAAUGAAGCACCAAAGCGGGCACGAGGUUCAGAACCAUAGCGAGCACGAGAUGCAACACCACAAGAUGCAGGGGAUGAAGCACCAAAGCGGACACGGGGUUCAACACCAUAGCGGACACGGGGUUCAACACCAUAACGGGCAAGAGAUGCAUGGGAUGAAGUACCAAAGCGGACACGGGGUUCAAAACCAUAGUGACCACGAGAUGCAGGGGAUGAAGCACAAAAGCGGGCAUGGGGUUAAGCACCAUAGCGAGCACUAGAUACAACACCAUGAGAUGCAGGGAAUGAAGCACCAAAGCGGGCAUGGGGUUCAACACCAAAGCGGUCACGAAGUUCAACACAAUAGCAAACAAGAGAUGCAACACCACAACAUGCAGGGGAUGAAGCACGAAAGUGGGCACGAGAUUCAACACCAUAGCGGGCACGGGGUUCAACAUCAUAGCGGGCACGAGAUGCAGCACCACGAGAUGCAGGGGAUGAAGCACCAAAGUGGACAUGCGGUUCAGAACCAUAGUGAGCACGGGAUACAACACCAUGAGGUGCAGGGGAUGAAGCACCAAAACAGACACGAAGUUCAACACCAUAGCGAGCAGGGGAUGCAGCAGCACGAGAUGCAGAAGAUGAAUCACAAAAGUGGGCACGGGGUUCAACACCAUAGCAAGCACGGGAUGCAGCACCAUGAGAUGCAGGGGAUGAAGCACCAAAGCGGGCAUGGGGUUCAUCACCAAAGCGGGCAUGGGGUUCAUCACCAAAGUGGACACGAGCAUGGGAUGCAGCACAAGGGCGGACACGAGAUGGAACACCAGGGCGGGCAUGAGAUGCAAAUGUACAACGCACAUGGUAUGAAGCACCAAGGCGGGCUUGGGAUGCAGCAGUACAACGGGCAAGGGAUGAAGCACCAUGACAUGCUGAUGGUUCCCCAGGUUCCACCAUGUCAUGUGUACAUGAACCCAAACCAUGAAUGUAGUGGAGGUCGUACAUUAGUGGUCGUUAAGGCUAUUGAGAAGUGGCGUCUCAGCAAUAACCAAAAAAUCGGGUGGAGUAAGGGACUGUAAGACACCACCUAAAUACUCUGCCUGUUCAAUUAAGAAAGUAAUGAGUAUGUAUCCCAAGUAAUAAAUAUAUAAGAUGUAAUGUGUGUGAAGACUAUGUUUCAGUAUCGUACCAAAACCAACUAUGGGACUUUUAAUCCCCAAAAUAGUGUGUUUGUUU